GGGAAUGUAUGAAAACAGGAAACCUCUUUUGCCAUGUAGGGAGGCACUAAGACAUGUUCACGGAGCAGUCCUUCUCCAAUGAAGUUCAUUGCGUUGAAGAAAUUUUAAAGGAAAUGACCCAUUCAUGGCCACCUCCUUUGACAGCUAUCCAUACUCCUAGCACAGCUGAGCCUUCUAAGUUUCCUUUUCCUGCAAAGGAAUCCCAGCAUGCUGGAUCAGUAAUACAGAGCCAGAAGCAGUAUGAUGCACCUUCUAAAGCCUUGUCUGUUUCUCAGCAAGGAACAUCAACGUUGCAGGAAGACCUUCUGCUCAGCGAUAGCGAAGAUGGUGAAGAUGACCAAGUCAGUGUUUCUGAUAAGCCGUCUUCCUCAUCCACUCCUCCAAGUGCCUCACAAUCGCAGCCCGAGAGUGUGGCAUUGGCACAUUCCAGCAGCCCAGAGUCCGAUAGCACGAGUGACUCAGACAGUUCCUCGGACUCUGAGAGCAGCUCCAGCGACAGUGAAGCCAACGAUCCCCCCACAAGAGCCUCCACGCCUGAGCCCAGUCCACCGACAUCCAGUAGAUGGCAACUGAACAACUGGAUAAUAAAGGUGCCUCAUCCGGCAUCUCCUGCUGAGAACUUCCUUGAGGAUGACCGCAGUAGGUGCAGUCUCCAGGAGAGUAAAGAACAAGGCAAGUCGUUCAGCAGCAGCAGCAGUAGCAGCAGCGACAGCAGCAAAAGCGAAUGUCCUCAGCUGACGGAGAGUCACUCCAAAGCCUCUGGCAAAGCAUCCCGAUCUACCCCAGAGGUGCAUCUCCCUACCAAGCGGAGCUACCAAAAGUCUCCCGUGCACCAGGGCAGGCAGACUGUGGGCAGUAAGCAGCCCAAGAAGUCCAGCAAAGUCUUGGUCCUGGAGGAGCAGAAGGGAGGCUUGAAAGUGGAAAGUGAGACACUCGACCUGUACGGGGCUAAAGACCAGUCUUCCAAAGACAAGCCCAAAGUGAAGACGAAAGGGAGGCCCAAGCCAGGCGACAGGAAGGAGCAGAAACCAACAGCACCAGAGCCUUCGGAGAAGAAAAAGCACAAGACCUCACAUCAAGCCACUGCUAAAUUGUUUCUGGACCGUGCCGCCGCUGUAAAAAACAAUGUGGUCAGCAGUACUCUGGAACAAUUGCCCCUCAGUCCCAUAGUUCAAAGCCCCCAGGUUCCUGCCACCAGCAGAACUAACGGUGCAAAGCCGGUCACCGUAGCGAGAGAGGACCUCCAUAAGGAUAAGUUUCUCUUGCCAAUCAGGGAUAAGAAGUUGCUGUCUCCCUUGAGGGACUGCCCGGUACCUCAAGCUCUUGUGGUUAAAAUUGAGCUUGCCCUCCUCUCACGUAUUCCACAGCCAGGCCGGAAGGGGACCUGCCCAAGACAACUGGAGAUCAAAGAGAGACACGAUAUGAAGAAGCCGGAGGUGGACAGGAGGAGUGCAGAAAUGCCAAGCAAGUUCCCCAAAAAGAGGAAGCAAGGAGAUGCGCCUAGAGAGGAUCAGAAGAAGAUCAAGCUGGAGAAAGAAACCAAAUUGCCCUCGUUGUCAAGUCAUAAAGAUCCUGGUAAAAACAAGGCUUCAAAGAUGUCAGCAGAGAUGCAGAGGAAAGAGUUGCCACUGCCACCAAGGUCUCCCACGCCGCCUGCCCAGAAGCCAGCCAAGACGGCCCAGAAAAGGCCAGAGAGCGAAAGCGGUGCCUCCGGCCGGCCUCCUGGACUCGGUCACAGCGCUGCCAAGAGCAAGGAGAGCAGACACAAGGAUUCGUCGUCCUCCAAGCACAGGAAAAUGGAAGGGAAGCCUUCCGAAACCUCAAAGAGCAGCAAAGGAUCUGCAGAGGAUGUUUCUAACCCUUUCCCAGUGCCUUCUUUGCCAAACGGUACCUCCAAGCCAACGAAACCUCAAAGCAAGCCGCACAAACAGCAUCCAGUGGAAUAUCACUUAAAGGAGGCCAAGAGGUUGAAGCACAAAGCGGAUGCAACGACAGACAAAGUCGGGAAGGCCUUCAAGUACUUGGAUGCCGCCCUGUCGUUCAUUGAGUGCGGCAUUGCGAUGGAAGCAGACACCCUAUCACCAAAGCCAGCAUAUACCAUGUUUGCGGAGACCAUAGACCUCAUCAAAUUCAUAAUGACAUUAAAAUCCUUCACGGACUCUUCGACAACUACACAUGAAAAAAUCUUUGCUGUUUUAUGCAUGCGCUGCCAAGCCAUUCUGUACAUGGCAAUGUUUCGCUACAAAAAGGACACUGCAAUAAAGUAUUCCCGGACCCUUAAUGAACACUUCAGGAGUUCCUCUAGAAUCACACAAGCACCUUCUCCAUGUGUCGCAAGGAGCACGGGAACACCUUCUCCCCUUUCUCCGAUGCCUUCUCCAGCCAGUUCUGUAAGCUCCCAGACGGGCUCCAGCGCCAGCAGCUGUGGCGGUGGCAGCAUGGGCUCUUCCAUCAGCGUCCCUCAUCACAUCCCGACCAUCACCUCUUCCUUCGUCAACAUCACUUCUUAUAUUCUCUACGCCUACGAUCUCUGGGAACAAGCUGACGUUUUGGCCAGGAAGAAUAAGAAGUUUUUUUCUGAGCUCAGUGCCACCGCGUGCGCUCUCUCCUUGAACAGCAGUAUGAUGGAACUGGUACCCUACACCCGUCAGGGUUUACAGUGGCUGACACUGGAACCAAAUACACCUUAACCGGUGCUUCAAGGCGGGGAACUUAGCCUUGGACUUGUUUGCACUUUGGAAGCCUCCGA